AUGUUUUUUGGCCUCUGGGAUUACAGGGAAGAAUAUGGAUUACAAGAGCGGCAAGGACACAAUCUUCAGUUUGGAAAGUUAGUGAUAAUCAGCCAGGUUGACUUCUUUCUUUCCAAUCUAUGCCCUGGCGCAGACAUUGAAGGUCCAGCAGAAGUUCGCAUUGAAUGGGCAACAUUUGUGAGCAACCACAUGUGGUUCCUCUAUUUAUAA